AUGGAGUCCUCUCGUGCUCCACCUUCUUCACACGCAAGCGGCGGCGGCGGCGGCGGCUAUGGCAGUGGCAACGGCGCUCGUUUGUUCCCGUGCCUCUUCUGCAGCAAGACGUUCCUCAAGUCGCAGGCGCUUAGCGGGCACCAGAACGCGCACAAGAAGGAGCGCGUCGCCGGCAGCUGGAACCCCUACGCAUCCUUCGAUCACUACUACGUCACAGCGCCGGAUCCGUACGCCGGCGGUGCUCCCGCCACGACGCCCGUGGCAGGCGCCCCGCACUGCGGCGGGGCAGUCACCGGGGUGUUUGGUAGUCACGCUGGCGCCACGGCCGCGGAGGUGUACAGGGCCACCCCCGUGCUGCGCCUAGAGCUGGAGAGGUGGACCCACGUGCCGAUCCGGCACGGCGGCGCCGACCACGAUGGCGACGGCUUGAUCAGAGACGACGUGCUCAAAUGGACCAUGGAUAAGCAGGCGCUCGCCAAGGCGACGACGGACACCGCUGCUGCAUGCUCCGGCGGCGGUGAGGAGCUCGACCUCGAGCUGAGGCUCUAG